GCAGCCGCGGGCCACGACCGCCAUGCAAGCCGGCCCCCGGGAGUGCGAGCGCUUGGGGCUCUCUCAGGGCCAAGGUCAGGAGCGCGCGGCGAGCGGUUGGAGUCCGGCAUGGCCCGGAGCCCGGCGGCGCUGCUGCUCCUGCCUCUGAUGCUCCGGAUGGUAGCGACGUCCGGCCAGGACUCCUUCGAGUACCAGUACUUCGGCGAGUUCGGCGAAGGCGACACCUGGGAGCAGCUGGGGCGGCUGCAACAGGAGAAAGACUCCAUCCUGAGCCCGUGGGGAAAGUGGCGCUGUCUCUGCGGCCUGGGGAAGGAGGAGCGCAGCCGUGAGGUGCUGGGCACGGCACCUGGCCUGGUGUUCAUGGACCGCAAGAACCUGGUGCAGACCAGGCCCUGCCGGAAACACAACUGCCCAUCCUGCAAGCCUAUGGAGUGCAACUGGGGGUCCUAAGCCCAGUUCCUGUGGGCGAGGAUCUGGAGCUCGUUAAAAGGAGGUUGGAAAGAAACCGGGUCCUGAUCGUAAGCGCUUUGAGGUCGAUAUUGAAA